AUGAUAGAUAUUAGUAAUCAAUUUAAAGAGAUUGUUAGAACAAAUAGCAAAUCAAAUGCAAGGUCAUCUUCCACCAUCAAACAACAACAAUCAACAACCAACAUAUUGAAAUUUAGUAAACCAUUACAAGAAAGAGAUGUAUUAUUUAAAGCUUCCAUUUCAAUUCUUCAUAAUAUAGAUACACUUCGAGAUAUGUUGGUAGAGAAUAGAGAUUCUUAUAUUGAUGCUGCCAAACAUACCACUCAAAGGGGUACAAGUGGAUUGGCAAUGACUGAUAGUGAAAGAGAUGAGAUUGAUCGUAUUUCAAUCAAACAAAUUGAAGUUUGUAAUAAUAGUAUCAACAAGAUGGAAUCAUUGGUGGCUGAUACUUUUAAAUUUCAACAAAGACAACAACAACAACAACAACAACAACAAACAACAUCAACAAUAACAAACAUGGUAGAUAUGAUUAGAGAUGAUCCAAAUGAUCUAUUCUCUCGGGAUCUUGGUCAAUUUGAUUGCAAGACAAGAUUUUACUUUGCAGUCACUGAUCAAUUACAUUGCUAUCUCUCUCAAGUGACUAAUCAAUUUAAGAAACAAAGAGAAUUUAGAGUAAAUAUAAAAUUAAAAGAAAAUGAAAGAUUUCAAAAUAGUUUGAGUUCUCCUAAGGCUGACAACGAGCAACAAGAAACUAUGGAAAAUGAAACAAAUGAAAAUGCCAGCAGCAGUACCAUUGAAAAUGUAGAAAUUAGAAAUCGAUCAUUAAAGUCAUCAAAAAAUCAAACUUUAUCUUCCUUGUCAUCAUUUGAUAAUACAUUUGAUGGUGAUACACAAGACAAUAGUUUUGAUUUUGACGAUGAUGAAAAAUUAAUAUAUGAACAACAAAAUCAUCUUCUUCUUGGUGAAUUGGAAACACUUCCCGAUCAAAUAUUAACCAUUAAUCAAAGAAUUGAAGAACUCUCUCAACUAUUUGAUCAGAUUACACCCCACAUAUUGGCACAGAGAGAACAAAUCGAUUCAAUCUAUGACACUGGAGUUCAUUCCACCAAUUAUAUAGGAAGAGGAAAUGAACAAAUCUAUCAAGCAACAAAAAAGACAUUUGAUUUUAGAGUGAUGCUCCUCUUUUUUUUAAUCAUAUCUUCACUUUCACUGCUAUUCUUAAAUUGUGGUUAUUAA